AUGGCCGAAGCUAUUGCCGCCCUAUCUCUUGCCGCAAACAUUCUCCAGGUGCUUGGAGCUGGAGCCAAGUUCGCGCAAACAUCGUGGACCCUUGCUACGGCCGCGAGCUACGAUUUCUCAAACAUCAAUGAACUCAGGCACAUCACUGUGUAUCUCAAGCCGCUCCUCCAACACUUCCAAGCCAGCCAAGCAACGACUAGUGACGCUCUCUCCCUCACCGAAAGCGAUAAGCAGCUCAGGACACUAUCAACGGAGUGCUCCCAACUCGUCCAUAAGCUCUUGCGUACACUUGACGAGACUGGGGUUAACGAUGAACGAAAUAAACUGGAUAGUGUGGUGACGGCAUUCAAAUUGAGGUGGAAGAGAACCCAAAUCGGAGAUCUCACUGCCCGCAUCGACCAACUGAGGGACCAAUUGUCCUUGGCUCUUCUAAUGUCGAUGAGAGAACAAGCGAGUCGGGCACUGGAGCACCAAGAAGCCAUUCUCCAAACCCUUAAGCAAGACUCCAAGUAUAAAGAACGAGAACGUCGGGACCAGGGCCCGGCAAGAGGGUCUCAGUCCGCUGUCGAAGCUCCGGGCGCAGUAAUGCUAAACUACUUGCACGGACUUCUCGAUUCAGGCCACGAAAGCGAGCGCAGCGAGUUCGAUAACAUCGAAGACUUGAUAUUACGGAAGAUAUAUCAAAGAGACGGGGCUGGGCAGUCUUCUAACAUGGGCAGUGACUUGCCUACGCUUCAGAUGUCACCAUUCAGACGAGAAGAAGGUCACAUCGCUUUCAUCGCCGCACUUGCCUAUGAGGAAAUGAACCACCGACAAUCCAACAUCGAUGAAGCUCACGAAGCAACUUUUAAGUGGGUUUUCGAGGAUCGAACAGGAGAACAUCUCCAAUACCCACUUGUUCGUUGGCUAGAAUCCGAUGAUCCGCUCUAUUGGAUAACCGGAAAGGCAGGAUCGGGCAAAUCUACGCUCAUGAAGUUCAUCGGCCAGAGAUGUGAGAUUGGCCAAGGUCGGGAUCAUCUUGUCAGAUGGGCUGGAACUGGGACCGAGCUCUUGAUAGCUUCAUUCUAUCUCUGGUCCGCAGGAGCUGCCGUGGAAGCAUCUCAGAAAGGCUUGCUUCAGUCCUUGCUCCACCAGUUGAUACAACUACACCCAGAAUUGAUCACUGAGAUCAUGCCCAGCAAGUGGGAGGCGUGGUGCCUCUUUGGAAGUGAGAUCCCUCAGUUCAGAGAGAACGAACUUCGGGACAUGCUGACUACUUCAAUCGGACGUCUCGUCUCGCACUACGGGGUAAAGGCAUGCUUCUUCAUUGAUGGGCUCGACGAAUUUCAAGGAAAUCACGAAGACAUAAUUGCAAUUUGCAAGUCGCUUCUUGGACUCCGUAACGUCAAGCUAUGUGUGUCAAGCCGUCCACUAAAUCACUUUGAGGAUGCUUUCGGCCAAAAAGCAAGUCUUCGACUGCAAGACCUAACAUACGAGGAUAUUCUGAAGUACAUUACUGCUAGAUUCGCCGAAGAUGAAGGGUUCAACCGACUGCGGCAACGGGAGCCGCAAUAUGCUCAGUCGUUUGUGAAGCACAUCGCGGACAAAUCAUCUGGUGUCUUCCUCUGGGUUAAACUUGUCGUCUCGUCACUUCUUACCGGCCUACAGAACGAUGACAGACUCUUAGAUUUGCAGAGAAGAUUGGAGUCUCUUCCCCGAGAGCUAGAAGACCUCUUCCAAGCAAUUAUCAAUAGUCUCGAUCCCUUCUACUUCCAGCACGCGUCGCAGUACUUCAAAAUCCUCCAGACACAUUCGGGCCCACCGAAUGCACUUCUGUUCUACUUUGCAGAUGUGGAAGACACGGGAACGCUACUAGACUAUCCGAUCAGACCAGCAUCAGAGGAUGAGAGGCAGGGCUGGAUUGCAACACUCCGCCGGCGGCUGAACAGCAGAUGCAAAGGGCUUCUGGAAGUCACUCGCUCUAACGAUGUGCAGUAUCUGCAUCGCUCUGUCAAGGACUACCUGCUUGCCAGCGAUGUGGGCCGGCGAGUAGACAUUGCAGCCGCUGAAUUUGACUGCAACCGCCAACUCUGUGCUGCUUACCUGGCGCUCCUUAAACGAGACGAUUUUGAGGAUGACGAUAACGCUUCAAGACAUUGUGCACAUGCCGGCAAGUGUCUCAUCUAUGCGGCAAGAGUUUCUGGCGACAAGCGUUUCAUCAUUGACGCGUUGGACUGCCUAGAAACCACGGUACAGCGUUUGAACGAUUCAAUACCGGGAAUGAGAUACUUCUAUUACAUGCAGCCGAGUGACCUCUUCCCUACACAUCGCGAACUCUAUUUGCCUAGCAACCAUGAUCCCAGCUUUCUGACUGUCACGGUGCGGUUUGGUGUCGUUCAUUACGUCGAUAUCAGAGCCAGUCGGAUGAGCUUAGCUGGGGAAAUUGAAAUCUCAUCGCCCCGUGACAAAUCAAAACGGUCACGCUUAGAACGGAUCUUUAGGAUACUUAGCGGUCAAGAUAAGAUACCAGCGGAUCGAACGUUACCCUUUGAUAGGAGGUUGGCCUGGUCGCUACUCCUGGAUGCUUGCUGCUGCUACCCACCAAACAAGGAGAUGUUUCGGUGCUUGCUAGGUCGAGGCGCCGACUACAAUAUGGUUUGCGACACACAGGGAACUACUGUAUGGGAGAUGGUGGUCCGGUCCAUACUUAACUAUGUGAUAUCGCCAGGCAUGUGUAUUCAACGUAGAGCUUGGGAUAGUUGGGUUCCGAUUCUCAAGCUAUUUCAUGAGCACGGUGCCCAGAUGGCUGAGGGUGUAGCUGAGGGUGUUAUUAGGGACGUUCUUUUGGCUAGGAUUUCCGGGUUUGAAAAGCAGCCACGAUUAGAUAGACAUGCUCUUGAAGGGAGGGAGUGUACCCUCUUUAUGGCGCUCGAAUGUGCCACAAGGGGCCGCGAAGAGCAGGCUUUGGAGCUUUUGAAGGAUAUGUUCAUCUAA